CAUAUGUUACCAGUUAUUGGUGGAGCUUGUCGUGUUUGUCAUAAUAUGCCAGUUUCAGAUGGGUAUGUAGGUAAUCAUCCUGUGGAGGUUCUGCGAGACAGUGGAUGCAGUGGGGUUGUAGUAAAACACAGUCUAGUUUCUCAAGACCAGCUGACAGGGCGGAAUGUGGAAUGUGUACUCAUUGACGGAACUGUCCGGAAAGUUCCUGAGGCGUACAUCAACAUACAUACACCGUUCAUAUCAGGUAAGGUCAAAGCUCUAUGUAUGAACAACCCAGUCUAUGGUUUAAUCAUAGGUAAUAUAGACGGCGCCAGAGAUCCAUCAGACCCUGAUCCAAAAUGGGACACUCGCAGAAAUAACAACGAAGUUGUGGAAAUCGAUACACAAGAAUUGGUGGUAGGCUCAGCCGUACAGACAAGAAAUCAAGUUCAGAAGGAAAAAGAAAAGUACAAAACAUUGAAGGUAACUAGUAUCACUGACAAUUUUACCUCAGUAGAUGAUAUGAGAGUUGCACAAAGUGAGGACGCUACACUGGAUAAGUAUCGGGAAUAUGCAAGGACUGGUGUUCGGAAGUUCACAGGACAACAGAAUUUGUCUUGGUUUGUCAUUGAAGAUGAUCUGUUGUUCCGAUAUUUUCAGUCUCCGAAGGUCACUCAGUUGGAAAUGGUGUAAUGCGACCUAAUAAUGACAAACUUGAAGCAAUCAAGAAUGCCCCUCUUCCUGAAACCAAGAAACAGGUACGUUCUUUCUUGGGACUGAUUGGUUAUUACCGUAAGUUUGUUCCCAAUUUUGCUGUUGUUGCUUGUCCUUUGACGGAUUUGACUAAAAAAGGCACCCCAAAUAAAAUUGAAUGGUGCGAUGAACAUGAGAGAUCUUUUAUGAAUUUAAAGUCAUUACUGUUACAUGCCCCAAUUCUGAGACUCCCAGACUUUAAAAGAGAUUUCUUUCUCAGAACAGAUGCUUCCGACUACGGAAUAGGUGCUGUUUUAUUGCAAAUGCAUGAGAAAAUGUUUCCAGUGGCAUAUGCCAGUAGAAAGUUGAAUGAAAGAGAGAGAAGUUAUUCUGUGAUUGAGAAAGAGUGCUUAGCUAUUGUAUGGGCUGUAAGAA